AUGGACCCCCCCACGGCCAAGCGGAGCCGGGGGGGCCCCGCGGGACCGGAGGAGCGCAAUCCCGGGGCCGGGGCCGCGCGCUGCCGAGGCCGGCCCGAGACGCUGCUGGACCUCAGUGCCAAGCGAGUGGCCGAGAGCUGGGCCUUUGAGCAGGUAGAAGCGCGGUUCUCCCGGGUGCCAGAGCCAGUCCAGAAGCGCAUUAUCUUCUGGUCCUUUCCACGCAGCGAGCGGGAGAUAUGCAUGUACUCUUCGCUGGGUUACCAGCCCCCGGAGGGCGAGCAUGACGCCCGGGUGCCCUUUACCCGGGGGCUGCACCUGCUGCAGAGUGGGGCUGUGGAUCGAGUGCUACAAGUGGGGUUUCACCUGAGCGGGAACGUGAAGGAGCCGGGGGGCCCUGGUGAGCCCGAGAGCCUCUACCACGUCUCCAUCAGCUUCGACCGCUGCAAGAUCACCUCCGUGAGCUGCGGCUGCGACAACCGUGACCUCUUCUACUGCGCCCACGUGGUGGCCCUGUCGCUGUACCGCAUCCGGCUUGCUCGCCGGGUGGAGCUGCGGCUGCCCAUCUCGGAGACCCUCUCCCAGAUGAACAGGGACCAGCUGCAGAAGUUUGUGCAGUACCUCAUCAGCGCCCACCACACCGAGGUGCUGCCCACCGCCCAGCGCUUGGCCGAUGAGAUCCUCCUGCUGGGCUCCGAGAUCAACCUGGUGCAUGGUGCCCCAGACCCCACGGCGGGGGCUGGCAUCGAGGAUGCCAACUGUUGGCACCUGGACGAAGAGCAGAUCCAGGAGCAGGUGAAGCAGCUCCUGUCCCAUGGUGGCUACUAUGGAGCCAGCCAGCAGCUGCGCUCCAUGUUCAACAAGGUACGGGAAAUGCUGCGCAUGCGGGACUGCAACGGAGCACGCAUGCUGAUCCUCAUGACGGAGCAGUUCCUGCAGGACCCGCGCCUGGCGCUGUGGCGGCAGCAGGGCGCGGGCAUGACUGACAAGUGCCGGCAGCUGUGGGACGAGCUGGGAGCCCUCUGGGUCUGCGUUGUCCUGAGCCCCCACUGCAAGCCCGAGGAGCGAGCUGGCUGGCUGCAGCUGUUACGCAAAUGGGACCAACUGGAGGUGUGCCCCCUGGAAGAGGGCAACUAUGCCUUUGAUGGCCCCAGCCUGCAGCCCUCUGAGACCCCCAGCUCAGGCUCAGAAGUGGCAGCGGCAGGUCCCCGCCACACGGUGUUCAGCCGAGCCCUGCAGGCCGGGGAGCUGCACUGGAGUGAUGUCCACCUGCAGAGGAUUCUGGCCAGCGACUCUUACGGCCCCAGCCUCAAAGGCAAUGUGGGUGGCGACAAGCUGGCCUUUGACCCCCAGGGCCGCCCACUCUGGCUGGGAGAGGCCUUCCCCACUGCCUGCGCCCGAGUGGACACCCUGCGCGCGCACGGAUACCCCCGUCAGGCCCUGCGGCUGGCAGGCGCCAUCGUCAACACCCUGAGGCUGCAGCGGCGCCAUCAGCUGGAGAGCUACAAGCAGCAGAAAAAAGAGCUGCUCCAAAAAGGGUCCACCUGCGUCACCAACACGGAAGGAUGGGUAGGCCACCCACUGGACCCCAUUGGCUGUCUCUGUAGGGCACUGCUGGAGGUCUGUCGCUUGGAGGAAGAGACCCUCUCUCUUCACCCAGAUGCAGGCCCGGAAAAGCGGAAGGUGGCCUACCAGCACGUGCCUGUGCCGGGAAGUCCCGGCGAGUCCUACUUUGCGCUGGCGCUGGAGGUGGCCCUCCUGGGCCUGGGGCAGCAGCGGGCCCUGCCCGAGGGGCUGUACGCCCAGGACAAGGUGGUACGGAGCGAAGAGCAGCUGCUGGCCCUGCUGGAGGAGGUGGAGCUGGACGAGCGGCUGGUGCAGGUGCUGCGCAAGCAGGCGGGGCUGCUGCUGGAAGGUGGUCCCUUCAGCGGCUUUGGUGAGGUGCUCUUCCGGGAGAGUGUGCCCAUGCACACCUGUGCCCGCUACCUGUUCACUGCGCUGCUGCCCCACGAUCCCGACCUGGCCUACCGCCUGGCGCUGCGUGCCAUGAGGCUACCGGUCCUGGAGACAGCGUUUCUGGCCGGAGAACCUCACCCCAACCCACUGGACUCCGUCUUGAGCAAUCGUCACCCCCGCUGGUUCAUUCUGGGCCACCUGGAGACCCGCCAGUGUGAGCUGGCCUCCACCAUGCUGACGGCCGCCAAGGGAGACCCGAAGUGGCUGCACGCGGUGCUGGGCUCCAUCCAACAGAACAUCCACUCGCCGGCCUUGCUCUUCAAGCUGGCGCAGGACGCCUGCAAGACGGCCACCCCGGCAAGUGCGCCGCCGGACACCACCCUGCUGGGCAUCGCGCUGGAGCUGGGCCUGCAGGUGAUGCGGAUGACCCUGAACACCAUGACAUGGCGCCGCCGGGAGAUGGUGCGCUGGCUGGUCAGCUGUGCCACCGAGAUCGGCCCGCAAGCCCUGAUGAACAUCAUGCAGAACUGGUACUCCCUGUUCACACCUGUGGAGGCAGCCACCAUCGUGGCCGUGACGGGCACCACGCAUGCCACGCUGCUGCGGCUGCAACUGGACGGGCCCCGGCGCGAGGACCUCUGGGCCUGCGCGCGCACCCUGGCCCUGCAGUGCGCCAUGAAGGACCCCCAGAACUGUGCCUUGCCCGCCCUGACGCUGUGCGAGAAGAACCACGCCGCCUUCGAGGCCGCCUAUCAGAUCGUGCUGGACGCGGCAGCCGGCGGCCUGGGCCACGCUCACCUCUUCACGGUGGCGCGCUACAUGGAGCACCGCGGCCUGCCGCUGCGGGCCUACAAGCUGGCCACGCUGGCCCUGGCGCAGCUCAGCAUCGCCUUCAACCAGGACAGCCACCCCGCCGUCAACGACGUGCUCUGGGCCUGCUCGCUCAGCCACUCGCUGGGCCGCCACGAGCUCUCCGCCAUUGUGCCGCUCAUCAUUCGCAGCGUCCACUGCGCCCCCAUGCUCUCCGACAUCCUGCGCCGCUGGACCCUCUCGGCGCCUGGCCUGGGCCCGCUGGGGGCCCGCCGGGCGGCCAAGCCCCUGGGGGCCGACCGGGCCCCCCUCUGCCAGCUGCUGGAGGCGGCGGUGACGGCCUACAUCACCACCAGCCACUCGCGCCUCACGCACAUCAGCCCGCGGCACUACGGCGACUUCAUCGAGUUCCUGGACAAGGCCCGUGAGACCUUCCUGCUGGCGCCCGACGGGCACCUGCAGUUCACCCAGUUCCUGGAGAACCUCAAACAGACCUACAAGGGCAAAAAGAAGCUCAUGCUACUGGUGCGGGAGCGUUUCGGCUGAGGGGCUCGGUGUCCCCCCCAGGCCCCCCUGGCACCGCUCUCCACUGGGGUCUCCGCAAGCGAGGCCCAGGUGGCGUUUCAGUAUUAAGUCAGGGAAGGAGUUGGCCUGGGCCAAAAAGAGUCUUGCUCGCCCCCCCGCCCCUCAGGCCCAACCGGAAGUAGGGGACAGGAGGGGCAUCCUACCACAUGCGUGCCUAGGAGUGUGCGAGACACAAGGAUCAGAAGCCAUAGCCACCACCCAGAGGCCUGGAGCACCCGGGGCACCCCAUAUGCAAUAGGCAAGUGCCCCUGCUGGGACUUACAGGUCUGGCUUGGACUCUGUGGGGCCUGGGAGGAGGGGUUUUCACACUAACAGCCUUCCAAAGCCGAGUAACUGAGCCCCCCACCCCCUACCUGGGCCACCACAGGGAACUCAAUCCCCCUGUACACUCUCCCCUCACUGCCUCAGGGCCCACUCCAUGCCAUCCCCACCCAGGUUGCCCAGUGAAGGAUUUGAAGAGGCCUCCUGUCUCAAACGCAUACCUCACCACCCCUCCUCCAGCAGAGACCACCCCCUCUCUUCAGCAUUAGGGUCCCAGGGUGGGCUGAGGUCAGUGUCACCCUCCCCCCACCUGCUAGUCACUGGACUCAGAACUCAGGAACACAAACAAGGCUCACAUAGCGCCUUUCCAAACCGGAAGAGCCAGGAACGGCCCGCUUCUUACUGGCUUUCCAUCCAGCUGUCUCUCCUGUCUCCCUCCUCCUCUCCUUUCAUGGUUGCCUUGCUAUUUGUAUCUUUAAGCCCCAACUGCUGUCUCUCUGGCCUCUCAAGCCCCUCCUGAGCCCAGGGAGGAGGGGAGACCGCCCCUCCCAGGUCAACCCCUCUGCAUCCUCUUCUCUCUUCAUGUAUAUUAAGGACAAAAGAUCAAUGCUGUUUUGUAUUUUUUUCUAUUUAUUGAACCAUAUAUUGUAUUUCCUUUUUGCUUUUCCCUUUUUAAAAAAU